GGACGGAGAGGAAAAGUAUGGAGUCGCAGAUUAGAAUGCCGUCUUCGUCAUUCUAGGGUUCCCAAUUGCGCUCGGUGUCUCAGUCCUGCGACGAAGACGCCUUUCGCCCCUGCGCUCGCUACGUCGGAAUCUUCUACCCCCCGACGCUGGCAUUCGUCAUGCGGCUUUUGAUUCAUCGGCGGUACUAGAGACCAGGACGGAACUGCGGUUGCAUUUCGUUUUUCAUGUUAAAGCAGUGCGUUCGCGGGGGAGAGGUUGUCUUGUAUUGGAGACCAACGGGGAUUGGAAAGGUUGGAAGGAGUGGCGUAGUCGUUAAGGUGUGGACUCUUGCUGGUUGUGUUCGGAUUUUGGAGAGCGUUUUUGUGUGUGUUUUUUUGUGGUGAGGCUUGGUAGACGAAGUCUGCAGCAGCCAUGUUUGGGCGUAUGCCAAAGAAGAGUGACAACACGAAGUAUUAUGAAACGCUCGGGGUGUCGAAGAGCGCGUCGCAGGAUGAGCUGAAGAAGGCGUACAGGAAGGCGGCAAUUAAGAAUCAUCCUGAUAAGGGUGGAGACCCGGAGAAGUUCAAGGAGCUUUCUCAGGCAUACGAAGUUUUAAGUGAUCCCGAGAAGCGGGAACUGUACGAUCAAUAUGGAGAGGAUGCUCUCAAGGAGGGGAUGGGCGGAGGUGGCGGUGGACACAAUCCAUUCGACAUCUUUGAAUCGUUCUUCGGUGGUGGUGGAAGUCCAUUUGGGGAUUCGUUUGCUGGCGGUAGUGGCAGGGGCGGCGGUAGGCGACAGAGAAGAGGAGAAGACGUAGUUCACCCCUUGAAGGUUUCGCUGGAAGACUUGUACAAUGGAACUUCGAAGAAGUUGUCUCUGUCUCGGAAUGUGCUUUGCUCAAAAUGCAAAGGUAAGGGAUCGAAGACUGGUGCAUCCAGUCGAUGCGCAGGAUGUCAAGGUUCAGGCAUGAAGGUUUCAAUCCGUCAGCUGGGUCCUAACAUGAUACAGCAGAUGCAACAUGUGUGUCCUGACUGCAAAGGAUCUGGGGAGACUAUUGUUGAAAAGGACAGGUGUGGACAGUGCAAGGGUCAAAAGGUUGUGCAGGACAAGAAAUUGUUGGAAGUGCAUGUAGAGAAAGGAAUGCAGCAUGGACAGAAGAUCACCUUCCAGGGCGAGGCAGAUGAAGCGCCGGAUACCAUUACAGGUGACAUCGUCUUUGUAUUGCAACUGAAGGAGCAUCCUAAAUUCAAGAGGAAAGUCGACGAUCUGUUUGUGGAGCAUACUUUGAGCCUCACAGAAGCUUUGUGUGGUUUCCAAUUCCCACUCACACACCUUGAUGGACGGCAACUUCUGAUUAAGUCAGCCCCCGGGGAGAUUAUCAAGCCAGGUCAAUUCAAGGCUAUCAAUGACGAGGGCAUGCCACAUCACCUAAGGCCCUUCAUGAAAGGCAGGUUGUACCUUCAUUUUACAGUUGAAGUCCCUGAGAGUGGUUCCCUGUCCCUAGAGCAAAUCAAGGCUUUGGAGACGGUUCUUCCUCCCAGACCGACUAGGCAGAUGACAGAUAUGGAAUUGGAUGAAUGUGAGGAAACCACGCUAUAUGACGUUAAUAUUGAUGAGGAGAUGAGAAGGAAGCAAGUACAUGCACAAGAAGCUUACGAAGAGGAUGAGGAAUCUUCUGGUCCUCGCACUCAGUGUGCGCAACAAUAGAUCAUGUAUGCUUGCUGGAUCUGGUAAGCUAUUUUAGGAAAUGAACCCAAGUUUAACAUUACAGGAUUUAACUUUCUCAUACAUGUCCUGCUAAUUAGAAGUAGGGAAUAGGUUGAUUGUUUAAAUAGAUUGCGGGUGUUACGAUUGUACAACACCUGUGAGUUUAGGAGAAACAAUUUCUCUCAUUUAGCUUGGUUGAUUAUAUAAUGAUGAAACUACGCUCACUUGCGAAAUCAAUGAGUUGGGAAGUAGUCGGAGCCCCACUUGUGAUUGCAAUGGUUGUUUUUCAGGAUAACGUUGCUCAUGGCAGAAACGUUGAACCCCUAUAACUUCGAUUUCUGAUUAAGGUUUCUGAA